UACCUGUUAAGUAUCUGUGACCGCGUCCUUUCCCGCCCUCUGAACUGUCAUACGAACUGUCAUCUGUCAAACCGUAUGUGAAUAAACCAGUGCGUUGCUAACCUGCGAUUGUUUAACUUGUACCUACGACCUUUAUACAUAACAGUGGCGACGAGAUUACCUACAAUUGCAAAUAAUCAAAAUGUCUAGUGUUCAAUUCGGGAUUUUACAUAGUUUUGACCACAAUACGCAGACGUGGAAAACGUACAAAGGUCGCAUUGCUCAAUAUUUUUUGGCCAAUGAUAUCAACAAGAAUUCUGAUCCGACAGGCGAUAAGAGGAAAGCCAUCCUCCUCAGCGCACUCACAGAGGGUACCUACAAAUUGGUAACGGAUUUGGUACUCCCAAAAGAUGUGGUAGAUGUGCCCUACGAAGACUUGUUAACACGACUGGACGACCAUUUUACCCCGAAAAGCGUGGGGUUUGGCGAGCGUCACAACUUUUACGCGGCCACUCAACAAGCAGGCGAAACUCACUCGCAGUGGGCAGCGAGACUACGAGGCCUUACGGCAAAGUGCAACUUUCUCAACGUGGAAGAGGCGCUCCGUGACAAGUUUAUCAUGGGGUUGCAGCCAGGACGUGAAAAAGAGAAGCUGUACACGAAGGACCUCACCGAUCUCACCUUGGCCAAGGUCGUGGAGAUGGCAGAGAACCUGAGCUGCGCGCGCGCUGCCGCCGUGGCCAGCGCAGGCGCCGCGGCUAGCGCAGUCGCGCCGUCUACGCCGGACCAGCUUUUCAAGAUUGCAAAUGUUGGAAAAAGUGGUAGUGUAGCGAAAGUGAAAUGUGGCGUGUGUGGUUAUACGAAUCACAAAUCGGCAGACUGUAGGUUCGCAAAUUAUGUGUGUAAAAAGUGUCACGUAAAAGGCCACUUGCGUAAAAUGUGCACUAAAGUGAAUUACGUACAGGUGGAUGGCGGUGACGAGGGUGAGGAUGACGAUGACGGUAAGGUCUAUUAUAUCCGUUCAUUCAGGGGAGAACCCAUGGUAGAAACUGUUUUUAUUAAAAAUGUUCCAUUUAAAUUCGAAGUUGAUAGUGGAUCUACAGUAACUGUAGUGUCGGAAUGCUUUUACAAAAGUUAUUUCAAAGAUGUGCCAUUAUCAAAUACUGGUAAACAGCUGAGGACGUACAACGGGGGCAAAAUAGUGUGUGUAGGUACAAUGCGGUUACCGAUAAGCUACGCGGACCAAACACACUAUUUGGUUAUUUACGUAAUUCGUGACGGAGGCCCCCCGCUACUUGGUAGAGAUUUUAUAUCUUUGUUCAGCUUACAUUUGAUUCCGGUUAAUUACUGCACCGAUUCAGAUGUGCCCAUCAAGGAUUUACAAAUGCAAUAUCCGAGGUUAUUUUCAGAUAAAUUAGGAACUUUUAAUAAAUACGAAAUCAAAUUAUUGUUAAAAAAAGACGCUAAGCCGGUUUUCUGUAAGGCACGCCCGGUAGCAUUUGCUUUACGAGAUAAGGUCGAGAAAGAAAUCAAUAGAUUGGUCGAUUUAGGUAUUCUUGAACCUGUAGAAUAUUCGGAAUAUGCUUCACCGAUAGUUCCGGUUUUAAAACGGAAUGGGACAGUCAGAUUGUGCGCAGAUUACUCUAUAAGUAUAAAUAAACAAUUAUUAAUAGAACAAUAUCCACUCCCCACGACUAGCGAGUUAUUUUCAAAAAUCCAUGGAGGCCAGCAGUUUAGUAAGCUCGAUUUAUCAAUGGCUUAUAACCAAUUCGUUUUACAUAACGAUUCUAAAAACUUGACGUGUAUAAAUACGAACCGUGGAUUAUAUAGAUUUACGCGUCUAGUAUUCGGGUUAGCCAGCGCGCCGUCCAUUUUCCAACGCGCGAUCGAGAGCUUGCUAUCUGGGUUGGAUGGAGUGUUGUGUCUACUUGAUGAUAUUUUGAUAACGGGUCGUGACAAGCAGGAACAUGUACAAAAAUUGAACUCCGUUUUAAAGCGUUUAGAGGACGCGGGAUUGACAUUACAAAAAGAAAAAUGUAGUUUUUUCCAGGACAAAGUCAGUUAUUUAGGUUAUAUUAUUACUAAGGACGGGUUAAAAAAAGCUCCUGAAAAAAUUAAGGCCAUGUUAGAAGCACCAGUCCCCUCAAAUAUUAAUCAGUUACAAUCUUUCUUGGGACUGAUCAACUACUACAGGAACUUUGUACCAAAUGCGUCCACUAUUCUCAGUCCUUUAUACGAUUUAUUAAAAAAGGGCUCUAAGUGGGGAUGGACUGAUAAUCAUGAUAAGGCGUUUAAAACAAUAAAACAAGUAAUGACAUCAGAGCAAGUCCUCGCACAUUUCGACCCGAACGCCCGGAUAAUAUUAACGGUUGACGCUUCUCCGAGUGGGUUGGGAGCAGUCCUCUCACAAGUAGGCUUAGACGGUGUCGAAAGACCGAUUUCAUUUGUGUCGCGUACCUUAAAUUCGGCGGAAAAGCGUUACGCGCAAAUACAAAAGGAAGCAACCGCCAUUAUUUACGGAGUGCGACGAUUUCAUCAAUAUUUGUAUGGCAGAUCUGAACCAUUCAUUUUACGAACGGAUCACAAGCCCCUUUUAUCUAUUUUUGGGGCUGAUAGGGGAAUUCCAGAGAUGUCAGCAAAUAGAUUGCAACGUUACGCGUUGUUCUUAAGUAGUUAUAACUAUAAAAUAGAAUACGUGCGCAGCGCUGAUAAUAGUGCGGACUAUUUGUCCCGCGCGAGCCUGCCGCGAGCGAUGCAUGCGUGUGCGUGCACCGAGGAAUGUAAGUGUUGCGACUGCGAGGUUGCAUAUGACCGCGCGACUUAUGUAUGUUUUGUUGUAGAUGGAAGCAUGCCCGUGACAUUAGAGAAAUUGCGCGAGGAAACAAGGGGUGACGUAGUGUUAAGGCAAGUGAUAGACUUUAUUUCGAAUGGAUGGCCGCCGAAAGUAAACGACUUAAGGUUAAAGCCGUAUCACAUGUGUAGAACACAGUUAUCUUUUGAGAAUGGGUGCGUAAUGAGAGGUCACAAGGUGGUUAUACCUACUAGCUUAUAUCAAAUAAUUCUUAAAGAGUUACAUGCUUCACAUUUAGGGAUAGUUAAAACAAAGGCCGAAGCUAGAUCUAGAUUUUGGUUUCCGGGAAUCGAUCAAGCUGUAGAAACAAUGAUAUCUUCAUGCGAAGUAUGUAUUCAGCUGCGACCUUCGCCACCGCGAGCCCCGCUGGUCCAUUGGGAAUUUCCACCAUGUCCUUUUCACAGAAUUCAUAUAGACUUUCUUGGUCCGAUAAAAGGUUGUGUGUAUUUAGUAGCGGUUGACGCGCAUACCAAGUGGGUGGAGGUAUUCAAUAUGAAUACGGCUACGUCUACGGCUGCAGUCAUAGUAAAGCUAUGCGAGUUUAUGUCACGAUUUGGAGUUCCGAAAACAAUAGUGAGUGAUAAUGGCACAGCUUUCUGUUCACGUGAAUUUGAACUAUUUUGCGCGACUAAUGGAAUUUCUCACAUGACUUCACCGGUGUAUCACCCACCGAGUAACGGCCAAGCCGAAAGUUUUGUCAAAGUAGUAAAAAAAGGAAUAAAAUCAUAUCUUAUGUCGAGCCAUAACGCGAAAGACUCAUCGGUAAGAUUGCUAAAAUAUCUGAUGGAUUACCGUAAUUCAGUUCACACUACUACUGGGUUAUCCCCUGCUCAGUUGGUUUUUGGUCACAAGUUAAGGUCGCGUUUAGACUUAAUCAAUCCGAAGUCAUCGGCUCCCUCGUCACCGUCUGUAUCCGAUCACGUAAAAAAUCAACAGUGUAUGCAAACUAAACAACAAGGGAAAAAUAAAGAAAAGAAUUUUGAAAUAAGUGAUAUUGUAUUAUAUAAAAGAUUCGUUAACAAAGCAAGUUAUACAUGGUGUAAGGGCAUCAUAUUGAAAAGAAUAGGUAAAGUUUUGUAUUUAGUAAAAGACCUUAAAAACUCAGAAAGUUACAAAAGACACAUAAAUCAGCUGAGGCUUUAUAAAGGAACACGUAACAAUAAUGAACAAGAAGCGUUGUUGAACUUACCUGGGUCGUCUGGGCUAUCUUCAUCUCCGCCGCCGUCGCCGCCUCCAACACCGCUGCCGCCGCCGUCGCCUUCGUCAGCUUCUUCAGGAACAGCUGUACCGCAGCCCGAGCUCGACUUACCAAACUUCUCUCCGGGUAGCUCAGCCAGAGGGAGGAGAGCAGAAUUGUACGAAGGAGGUACCUCUUUGUUAGUGAGGGAAGACGAGUCCGAGAAUUGCUCCCCUCAGAUUGCAGAGAACGAGCAGCGAAUUGUAGCGAAUGAUGCAGUUGUUGAAACAAGAGAAAGACCUGUAGACUCCGAGGAUGAGUUCCACGAAGCGGAAACCGACACCCAGGAGACACAACAUGAUAGCCAAGUAAUUACGACAAAUAGAUCGCUACGAAAACGCCCCGUGAUUAGUUAUAGGAAGUAUUUUUAGUAUUGCUUAAUUUAAGUUUAGAGUUUAAGUACUUUUUGUAAUAGAGGGAGGGAUGUUAAGUAUCUGUGACCGCGUCCUUUCCCGCCCUCUGAACUGUCAUACGAACUGUCAUCUGUCAAACCGUAUGUGAAUAAACCAGUGCGUUGCUAACC